UCGCCCGGGCUACCGCCCGCACUGCCACCAGCCUCACUCUCUCAGCCAGCGUUCACUGCGCCACUAGCAGUGCAAACCAAGCCCAGCCCCACUGACAUCUCCGCACAUAGCUUUACCAACCCCACGUGUCAUAGGGAUAGGAUCAUAAAAGUAUAGGUCGGCUAGCAGCCGGCAUGGCUGCGCAGGCAGAUUGACACUUGUCCGGCCGUCAAUCUACCGGGAUGGCCAGUGGGCACAGCCUACAGAGCAAAAUCGGCUACGAAGAUCCACGUCGCACUCGCCCAUACCCGCCCCGCCCGCCCGGUGCGGACUGUGCUGUGCACGGCAGACUACACAGCAGCAGCAUCGGCAGACUACACACCACCACUACACCGUCCAACCACCUCCCAACCCUUCCCCUCGCUACCCAUCCAUCACCACUCGACAGUCGACACCGUCCCCGCCCGCCAUGGUCUCGCUCGCUGGCUCCCAGAUCCCCUCGCCUUCGCGGGGGCAGAGCCCCUGCGCGGCCGCGCGGCCGCAGCGCCGGCAGGGACACUCCAUGCGCACCAUCCGCUCCGCGCUGCUGCAGCCGGACUCCUCCCCGGUCCCGGCGGAUGGCGGCGCCGACGCGGGCGACUCGGACAUUGAGAACCUCACCGACUCCGUCAUCGACUUCCGCCUCCGCGAGCUCGCCGCCACCGCGGGGCCCGCGCACCCGGCGGCCGUCGCCAAGUCGUCCUCCGCCAUCAACGCCGCCGCCACGGAGCUGCUCGACCUGUCGCGGGACUUCUCCGACUACUCCAGCUUCAACUCCGACAUCUCCGGGGAGCUUGAGCGCCUCGCUUCCGCCACGGGGGCGCGCGCGGCGCCCAGGCCCGGGCCGGGCGCCGCCGCAGUCGUCGAUCUGAACGACCUCGAGUCCAUGGACCUGUCGGCGGACGCGGCGCCGCUGGAGCGCCUGGAGCCGUUCGUGCGGGCGUGCGUGCGGGCGCUGGGGCCCGGCGCCGGCCCGGACGCGCGGCGCGCGGCCGCGGCCAGGAUACGCCUGCUGGCGAAGCACCGGUCGGACGUCCGCGAGCUGAUCGGCGUGUCGGGCGCCAUCCCGGCGCUCGUGCCGCUGCUGCGGAGCACCGACCCCGUGGCGCAGGAGAGCGCGGCCACCGCGCUGCUCAACCUCUCGCUCGAGGACCGGAACCGCUCCGCCAUCACGACGGCGGGCGCCAUCAAGCCGCUCGUCUACGCGCUGCGCACCGGCACGGCUCCCGCCAAGCAGAACGCCGCGUGCGCGCUGCUCAGCCUCUCGGGCAUCGAGGACAACCGCGCCACCAUCGGGGCCUGCGGCGCCAUCCCGCCGCUCGUGGCGCUGCUCUCCGCGGCCUCCACGCGCGGCAAGAAGGACGCGCUCACCACGCUCUACCGCCUCUGCUCCGCGCGCAGGAACAAGGAGCGCGCGGUCAGCGCCGGCGCCGUCGUGCCGCUCGUGCAUCUCGUCGGCCGCCGCGGCAGCGGGACGUGCGAGAAGGCAAUGGUGGUCCUUGGGAGCCUCGCGGGCAUCGACGAGGGCCGUCAAGCCGUGGUACAGGCUGGCGGGAUCCCUGCGCUGGUUGAGGCCAUCGAGGACGGCCCUGCCAGGGAGAAGGAGCUCGCCGUGGUGGCGCUUCUGCAGGUGUGCUCCGACUCCCCGCGUAACCGUGCGCUUCUUGUACGCGAGGGCGCCAUCCCGCCUCUCGUUGCGCUAUCGCAGUCCGGCUCUGCCCGUGCCAAGCACAAGGCUGAGACUUUGCUUGGCUACCUGCGGGAGCAGAGACAAGGGUUUGGCUGCAGAGCUGGAGCAGUGGUAGCAACUAGCUUGGCCAGGUAAAGCAAGAAUUAUGGUCGAAAUCUGAUCCAUUCUCUGUGGAAAUUUUGCGAGCAGAUGUAAAUAACAGCUUAUUCUGGUUAGUUUGGCUAUGUGAAUACACAUGUGGUUUGCGAGUGAGGAUGCUUGGUUGGUUACUAACGUAGUGUCAGUUAAGAGUAAGGCUUAAGAUUUGGGUGGUAAUGACGAUAAUGCUGGUUUGUAGCUAUGUACAGGAUGCUAGGGUAUGCUUGCUUUGUCUUGUCAAGUUAUGGGGGAACGUUGGAUUGUCAAUCAGUGUUUUUUUUGCUCGAGGUCAGAGUCCAAAUUCCUCUCUUCCUUUUUAUCCACUCACUAAGUCAUUGCCACACCCACAUGUUUGCGGACGUUUCAUGAUUCUAUUUUUGCUUC